AUGCAUGUGGAUAUGGAUACGUUGCUAUCCGACGACAGCGAUGAAGAGGAGGACGAGGAUGAGGAUACGACCGAGACGGAUACCGAAAUUCGACAUGCGCCGCUGGUCUCUGGAGCUCUGAACCCCGCGGAGAAUGGGCAGCUGCUCCCCCAAUACGGUCUUCUCGGAUCCUGCAACAAGGAGAAGUUAUUCCUCAACACAAACAUACCCUUCUCGGCAUUCAUCUGCGGAGUGCAGGGAAGUGGAAAGUCCCAUUCGACUUCGUGUAUCCUCGAGAACGCCCUCAUUCCAUCGAGCAGCCUCGGUCGGCUUGAGAAACCCCUCUCAGCGCUCGUCUUCAGCUAUGGCCACUUCAGUGGUGACGGAUCGGGCUUCAGCAUCAGCGAGGCGGCUUUCCUCGCUUCGCCGAACCCCAAAAUGCCAGGUCACCCGACUGUUCGGAAGGUUCAGGUCUUGGUUUCUCCCUCCAACUACGUCCGUAUCUCGCGGCUCUACCUCCGGAUUCCCAAUGUCACCGUCACCGCGUUCAAGCUCAAACCAUGGAACCUCGACAUCGACAUCAUGCUCACGCUGAUGAACGUCAGCGAAUCGGAGGAGACGCCGCUCUACAUGGCCCAAGUGACCCAAAUACUUCGCCUGAUGGCUACCGCAGGCGUGCGUUUCGACUAUGGCGAGUUCAAGAAACACAUCAAGGCUUGCAGAUUCAACCCCACGCAGGACAACAUGCUGCAGAUGCGAUUGAAUCUGCUAGAGUCUUUCUUGGAUAUGGACAACAGCUGCCCCGAGCCGCAGUUCAGGCCGGGUGAAGUGACGAUAAUGGAUAUGAGCUGCCCGUUCGUGGACGCGAAUACGGCGUGCAUUCUGUUCAGGAUUGGGCUUCAGCGCUAUUUGCAGUCUAGCGCAGCGGGCAAGAUGAUCGUGCUAGAUGAGGCACAUAAGUACAUGCUCAACGUCCCCGGCGCCAAAUCCCUCAACGAAACCCUCCUACAAACUAUCCGUCUUCAGCGUCACUACGGCGCCCGCAUCGUCAUAUCCACGCAGGAGCCCACGUUGCUCACCGACCUCAUCGCGCUCUGCUCCAUCACCAUCAUCCACCGCUUCUCGUCUCCCGAGUGGUUCUCCGCUAUUAAGCGCCACAUUCCCAUCGCGAGUCAGGACCAACUGAGGCUCCUGCAGAAGAUAGAGAGCUUGAAGACGGGCACGGGGAUGGUGUACUCGCCGAAUGCGGUGCUGGGUAGGAAUGAGGAUGGAAGGUUGAUCAAGGGCACGGGGAGGCUGAUGGAGGUCAAGGUUCGGAAGAGGGUUACGAGUGAUGGUGGGCAGUCCGUUUUGGCUGUUUAG